AUGUUGCCCUCAGGCUCUUUCCUGCUUGUUGCCUCGCUACUGGCAGCUUUGCCUGCUAACGCCGAUGGCAUUUACACCCAGAAGUCCCCGGUGCUCCAGCUGAACCAAAAGACUUACGGAUCGCUCAUUGCGAACUCAAAUCACACUUCGAUCGUCGAAUUCUAUGCGCCCUGGUGUGGCCACUGUCAGAACCUCAAACCCGCCUACGAGAAAGCCGCGCAAAAUCUGAACGGUCUGGCCAAGGUUGCUGCGAUCAACUGCGAUGAGGACGAGAACAAGCCUUUCUGCGGGCAAAUGGGCGUCAAGGGCUUCCCAACCCUCAAGAUCGUGACCCCCUCGAAGAAACCCGGAAAGCCACGUGUGGAGGACUACCAGGGCCCGCGCACCGCGAAGGGCAUCGUCGACGCGGUGGUGGACCGCAUUCCCAACCACGUGAAGCGCGCAACGGACAAGGACUUGGACAAUUGGCUGGGACAGAACGAGGAGCGACCCAAGGCCAUUCUUUUCACGGAGAAGGGCACAACCGGCUCACUCAUCCGCGCGUUGGCGAUUGACUUCCUAGGCGCCAUUGACGUCGCCCAGGUCCGCAACAAGGAAACUAGCUCCGUGGAGAAGUUCGGCGUGGAGCAGUUCCCAACCCUGGUCGUGGUACCUGGUGGUGAUGCAGAGCCUACGGUGUUUGAUGGCGAGCUGAAGAAGCAGCCUAUCCUCAAGUUCUUGAGUCAAUUUGCCGAGCCUAACCCAGACGCCACUGGAAAGGCCGCGCCCGCAAACUCCAAGGCUAAGCCUAAGCCCAAAACCAAGCCGACGUCUGUCGCCGAAGAUGCAGAGGAACCCACCCCGACCCCCGAAACCAAGCCCGUAGAGGUCCCCGUCGCACCCCCAGUACCUGCCCUAGCCACUCCCGAAUCUCUCGGUGCUGCCUGUCUAGAACCCAAGUCGAAGACCUGCGUGCUAGCCCUUCUCCCUGCGACAGGCGAAGAAGACGCGCUUUCUUCCACCGCCACCGACGCGCUGUCUAGUCUCGCCGAGAUCUCACACAAACACUCCCUGCGCGGCGUUGAUAUUUUCCCUGUCUACGCCAUCCCCGAAACCAACACUGCCUCCAAGACCUUGCGUACCGCAUUGGGUCUCGAUGGUGUUGAUGAAGUGGAGCUAAUCGUCAUAAACGCCCGUCGUGGCUGGUGGCGUCGGUACAGUGCCGAGGGGGAGUUCGGCAUCACCCCCGUUGAGUCUUGGUUUGAUGCUAUCAGACUCGGCGAGGGUGCCAAGGAGAAACUGCCUGAGGGUAUUGUAGUCGGGAAUAAGCCUGAGGCUGAGCAUGAUGAGCUGUAA